UUUCCUAAUAAAUGAUCUCUGCGGCUUCCUGUGCACACUGCUCUCUUGGAGCUCUCUGCUUGAUUGAUCGAUUGCUCGUCUUGUUUGGAUGCCAAACACGCUCACACGUCGCAGGCUAUGAUGAAAAUGCUCUGCUGCGCUGCUGAAUGCAGCGAUGAUUCGUCUGCCGCUGCUUGCGGAGCACAAUAUUGGGCUGGCUUGCAAGACCUCCAAGGCCCUCGCAAAGUGUGUCGUUUUUUUUUUCGGCGCCCGCCAUCCGUGCAGACGCUUCCUGCAGUCGACUUCACGAGUCCCAUGGCUGCAAAAAAUGUCACGCCCCGAAUUAUUGGCAGCCAGCUCCAGCGCCGUCGGGGCUCCGUACCGCCUCGCAUACGAGGUUACAGCUCGUUUGAAACUGUGCAUCGGAGAGUUUGCGACGCAUAUCAGAGCGCUGUGGAACGACAGCACUCAAAACGAGCCGAUAGCUGCGAAACUCGAAAGUGUUCGAGCCAGUGGUUGCGUACGUGUAUCCGAGUCCUCGUGAGCUACAAACCGCGCAAAACAGCGCUGUACAGCUGCGAAACUCGAGCAGAGCCAACCAGCACCGAUAGCGCACUCAAAGCCAACUCGUCGAAGCCAUGGAUUCGACGGCCAGCUCCGAACCGCUGACGCCGCGCUCCACCGGUGCGCCGGCUAUGAUUGAAAGGCGCAGCAGCUUCGUGCUCGAGGGCGCGUCGACGAAGUUGGUAGACGAUCUCGCCAAGGCGGCGGCUUCUGCUCGGGCCGACGCUAUCCUGGGUCGUGCCGAAUUCGUGCGCCGCUCCUCCUCCAUCGGCGAAGAAGCCGAAGUCGCCGCGGCGGCCUGAACAAAGACGUGUACCUAAGUUAUUUAUGUGAAACUGCGUUUCCGUGUUCCGAGCUCGACGCGCGCCAGUCCGAAGGUCAAACGGGCAACAUGACGAAGGCAUCCGUCCUGAGACCACUGCGAGGUGCCCGGGAUGGGUGAAUGGCUCCCGCACCAGGGACCAAUAGGAUCAGAGCGCCGCAGCAGGACAGCUCCGCAGUCCAUUCCAGCACGCCGCGGGAAGCGCCGCGCCGCGCCAAAUCAGCUUGGUUCAAGCGCUGUGUAACUGCUAAAUCGCUGUAGAGCGCAGCAGGUUAAGCGCCGCACCGCCGCGCAAAUAUCGGCGCAUAACUGAAUAUGGCUGAAGUCUUUGACGUCGAUGCGCCGGCGCCGCAGCCGCCGCAGAAGAAGCGCUCACACGACGUCAUCGACCUCCUCGAAGACGACGACGUGGUGAUAGUAGCGCCGCCCAAGAAACCGCGGCCGGAGGUCGUCGACGUCGACGCGAUCGACAGCGACGAUGAUGCGGACGACAACGGCGAGCGCGGGCUCGGGCCGCCGCGGCCGCGCGUGAAGCCCGAGCCACCGCGAGCGCUCGCCGUCGCCCAGCCCUGCCCGGCCCAGCGCCCGGUGCCGAAACCGGAGCCGCGCGGCCCGCCCGUGCCCGUCAAGCCUGAGCCGAAGAAGGAGGUCAAGCCCAAGGUCGAGCAGAAGCCCAAGGUCGAGCUCGACGACGACGGCGACCAGUCGCGCGCGGUGUCCUCUUCGCGUCGAUGGCGUUCGUGGCCCAUGUUCAUUCACCGCGCGCAGGCCCAUGUUCACGCUAAAGAAGAAGAAGAAGAAGGCGGCCGCACCGUCGCCGGCGCGGCUCUCCGAGGACGGCUCGGACGACGACGAGCCCGCGGAGCCGCCGCCGCCGCGCAGCGCCUUCCCGCAGUGGCUCAAGGCGCGCGAGGACGCGGGCGACGCGCCCCCGCUCGACCCCGACCAGCGCCGCGCGUGCGACUGCAUCGUCGUCCAGAGCAAGAACACGUUCGUGACCGGAAGCGGCGGCAACGGCAAGUCGCACGUGACGCGAACCAUCCUCGACUUCUUCGAGAAACAUUACGGAGAUCAGCACUCGCCUGUGUGGAAAUCAAAUUUCGGGACGAACCUAACUCACUGAUUAAUUUCCACGCAGAUACUCGCAAAAGGUCGCCGUCUGCGCGCCGACGGGCAUCGCCGCGACGCACGUGAACGGCACGACGAUUCACUCGGCACGUUCCGGCGUAACACGUCAUCGCGUCGCCGCGACAUCGUCGACGCAACGCCACGACGCCGCGACGCCCUCGCCGCGGCCUGACGUGUCGCUCGACGCAGGCAACGGGCAUCGGCGUGCCCAAGUGUCAGGAGGACUUCCGCCGCAUGCAUCAGGGCUUCCGCAAGGAGCUCUGGACGAAGCUCGUCGAGGUGCUGAUUAUUGAUGAGAUCUCCAUGUUGAGCGGCGAGUGGCUAGAUAAUUUGGAGAGGAUGCUGCGGGAACUGACGCAUUACUACGGCCGCGGCGAGUUCCAGCAGUAUUUGAGGAUGCCGAUGAAGGACAUCCCGGCCUUCGGCGGCAUCCAGGUCGUCGUCGUCGGCGACUUCUACCAGCUCCCUCCCAUCCCGGCGACGAUCCACGGCGAGACCUUCCAGAGAUUAGAUCAUGGGCUAUUCCACGCGCAACACAUCCCAAAGGACAGCCACACAAAAAAGAUCUACUUCACGAACCGGGGCUACGCCUUCCAGUCGAUGGCGUGGCGCGCGGCGGAAUUUGUGUACGUGCACCUGCGCACGUGCCACCGCAUCGGCGCGUCGGAGCGCGAGUUCGUGCAACUCAUGGGCCGCAUCCGCCGCGGCGAGGCGCGCGACAAGGACUACGAUCGACUGAACAAGGUCGGGGCCAAGACGCACGCGGACGACGCCGAGCCCACGGUGCGUGCGCGGCGUUUUUUUUUCUUCGACCCACGCCAUCGCCUCACGAGCUACACACGCAGGAAAUCUGGCCGACGAACGCCAAGGUCAACGCCGUCAAUAGGCAGGGCCUCGAGCGGCUCAAAGAUCCGCCGAAGCGGUUCGAGCAUGGCACUUGGGUGCGACCGUUCAAAAAUAUUCCGCCCUACAUCUCCGUCGACGAGGUGACGCACGCUUUGAAGACGUGCGACUUCAUCAAGUCCGCGCCGGCGUCGUCGAACGCUCACUGUUGCCUGUCGCCGAGGAAAACUCACGGUGUCUCACGCAGGUACAACAAGCUUGUGGAGCCUACUGUUGAUUUGAAGCCGGGCGCGCGCAUUUUACUCCUCAAAAAUAUUGAUACACGUAAUGAAGCGAAAAAGGAACAACCGCUCGUCAACGGCACGACGGGCCGGAUCCUGCGCUGGGCGACGGCGGCCGAGGCCGAGGCGGCGCUCAAGGCCCGCGAGGUCUACCUCGAGGACAAGCUCGAAGCCGCGCGCGAGCAGCGCCUCGCCAAAGGUAAAAGGUCGCACGAGACGUCGCUGGAGCGCAAAUUGUACGAGGAGCUCCAGAAGCUGCGCGAGCACGUGCUGCAACAUUGCGGGCACCUGUGUGGAAAUCAAAAUUUUAUGGCGCGUUCGUGCUGAAUCGUCGCGUCGUCCUCCACGCCAUCGACGCGACGCCUGCUCGAUGGCGUGGCGAUGUCGGUCCCUCGCCGCUCGACUGAGCCAGGUCAGCCGCGUCAUUUCCGAGAAAUGACUUGGUGAAGAAUUGUCGGGUGCACCCGUCGCACUGGUUGAUUUCCACACAGGCGGCCACGACGUCGACAAGCAGGGCCAGACGAUCAAGACGGCCGGCACAUUAUUGCCGUGGGUGCGGUUCUCCAAAGGUAGGGAAGAAGUCGUGCUGCCGGCGCUCUUCGACGACGAGCUCGUGGGCCAGGGCGUCGCCUACGUGAUGCAGAUCCCGCUCAAGCUCGGCUACGCCGUAAAGAUCUGUGUGGAAAUCAAACAGUGAGUUAGGUUAUCGAGCAGACGCAGUUACGAGGACGACGUCGCGUCGAUGGCGUGGGGCGUUCGAAAUUUGAUUUCCACACAGGUAACCAUCCACAAGAGCCAAGGGAUGUCCCUCGACGCGGCGACGGUGUCCUGCUCCGGGUCCUUCGCCGAGGGCCAGGCGUACGUCGCGUUGUCGCGGGUCACGGGCGCGAACGCGCUGGCGCUGGCGCGGCCCGUCCGCGGCGUCGACAUCAAGACCCCGAAGAUGGCGACCGCCUUCUACGAGCUACUGAAUUCGCUCGAGGCACAAGCAAAAAUCCUCGGCGCGCCGCUCGACCUCGGACCGCUCGCGCUGCGCGAGCGCUUCGGCGGUACGGAGCACGACCCGCUCGGCGCCGCGCGCGGCAUCGGUCCCGGGCCGCAACUGACGGCCCUCGAGGCGAUCGAGCGCCUCGAGCCGUCGCUCGACAUUGAGGAGGAGCAGCCCCACGUCUUACACUGGCAGACGAAGAAGCCGUCCGUCGCGCGCGAGGAGUUCGGCGGCCACGGCGUCGGGUCGACGACGAAGGGCAAGGGCGGAAAGUGCUUCAAGUGCCAGCAGGUCGGCCACUGGGCGGCGGAGUGCCCGAACUAGAGCCGUCCCUCCCCCCACGUGUGUAAAGAACAAGCAAGUUAUAUACACA